AUGCAAAUUGGUGAUUCCUGGAAGUGCUGCACAUGCCAAGAGAAGUCGUUAAAUGUCACGGACAACCAGAAGCAUCAAGACAAGAAGUCAGCGAGAUGUCCUUUAAACACCACCAAGCUGGGGAAAGUUCCAGAAAGAUGGAGCAUCCCCGUUGCUGAGCCAGAGCCUGGCUGCGCUUCCCGCGGUGUGAAGGGCCGCAACGCCCCGGGGCCGCCAGCCCUCCUGGCCCAGGAGCGCGCGCGCAGGCGCCGGGAGGAGGUGCCCCCCCCCCCGCUCGCCAGCCCCGCCCCCAGGCCUUACGUCACUGGGCUGAGACCCGCCUUCCAGAAGAGAGCGCCGGUGGCUGACCAUGGCAACCGCUGCGGAGUAGUGGGUUCUGGUGGAGAUGGUGCAGGCGCUUUACAAGGCAACUGGGGAGCUCGGGAGGCGGAGCAGACGGGAGGAUGGAACCGAGUGCGGGAGUUUGCUCCUGUCGGCGCGAGGUGUCCCGGAAGCCGAGGGGAGGGCAAUAUGAAGUCGUCGCCGUUCUCCCCCGUGUGUCCACUUUCUGUCCGCCUCGUGCGCCGGGUGGCUGUGCUGCGGGACGGCGUCGGUGCGGGGGAGGGCGCCGGGAACGAAAGGCGGGAAUUCCUGUGCCAGUGCCCGGAAUCCCGGGUUUCCUCGGACAGAUUGAAGAGUGGCAGCCAGAACCUCUUGUUCCUCCCAUCUCAAAAGACCAUCCUGCUCUCAACUACAACAUCGUUUCAGGACCCCCAGCCACAACAUGUGGUGAAUGGAAAGAAAUGUGUCAACUUUGCCUCCUUUAAUUUCCUGGGAUUGUUGGAUAACGCUCGGGUCAAGGUGGCAGUUUUGGCAUCUCUGAAGUAUGGCGUGGGGACUAGCAGACCUAGAGGAUUCUAUGGCACGUUUGAUGUGCACUUGGAUUUGGAAGACUGCCUGGCAAAAUUCAUGAAGACAGAAGAAGCCAUCAUCUGCUCCUACGGGUUUGCCACCAUAGCCAGUGCAAUCCCUUACUCCAAGAGAGGCGACAUUAUGUUUGUAGACAGAGCUGCCUGCUUUGCCAUCCAGAAAGGAUUGCAGGCAUCAUGGAGUGACAGUAAGUUAUUUAAGCAUAAUGACAUGGCCAACCUGGGGUACCUGCUGAAGGAAUAAGAGAUGGAAGAUCAAAAGAAUCCUCGCAAGGCUCGGGUCACCCGACGUUUCAUUGUCAUGGAAGAGCUGUGUAUGAAAACUGGGGCUCUCUGUCCUCUCCCACAACCGUACCAAGGGAAGCUAUGGAGAAGGAACAAGAAAAGGAAGAAAAACCAGACUCUGGAAGUUUUCAGAGAGUUCCUGCAAGAUUUAGAAGAGGUUCAUGACCUGUUCCUUCUGCAAAGCCACCUGGCAAGGCUCUCUGACCCAGGGGCUUUCACCAGUUCUUACGGCAAGCAGUCCCUGGACAGGUGCACUGAGGACUGUCAGUUGGAGCCCGUCAGCCAUGCAGGGAGCCUGUGGAAGAUGCUUCUCCCGCCAUGGCCUCAUCACCUGCCCAUGCUCCACCGACGGGGCCCUCUUGGCCUCCUGCUUCCACCCUGCCAGCAGGACCAAUGACCUCAAUUUCUGUGGGUUUACACUCCUCCCUGACUACUUGCUGGCUAGCAGAGCCUUUCCUCCGCCUGGAUGGCUUUCACACCAGCCACUUGCUCUUCCCCCUUCCCCGCCAUGUCUCCGUUCUUCGGAGGCCUCUCCUUGGCCCCAGAGCAGCCGGACUCUCCUUUGACUCUCCCUCAGUGAGACUCAAGGGCAGCCCCUCCGUGCCGUAUCCCACAGAGCUCAGCUCCACACACACCUUGGUCAGCUGACAGGACAGCUUCUCCUGUUCCAGCCAUCUUGGGUGUGGGCCGCUCGCACUGCCCCAUUUUGUCCCUGUCCUGGUGGCAGGCGGCUGCGAAAGCCUGGAGCCUGUGCACCUCAACACACUUGGAGUCCCAUCAAGCGCCUCUGUCCCAUGGCCCACCAGAGGCCUUGUUCUGGGGAGACCCCACACAGACACACACAGGUUUUGAAUGUUGGCAGUUGACAUGUAAGACUGUGUCUUCUGGGCUAGGGAGCCACAGGGAGAGACUAGAUUCCCACCCACUCCCAUCAGCCCAGACUUCCAGAAGUAUUUGGAGAUACUAAUGCCAAGAGAACACAACUGAAGUUUUGGAAGGAGAAGGAAAAGAAGGAAAGGUCAAACUACCAGCUGACCUCUUUUGGGAGAAUGUUGGAAGUCCCCAGGUGACAGGCAGGGCACCAUGGUUUGCCAUCCUUCUGGAGCAUGAGGGACAAAGCAAAAUAGCUGCUUGGUCCUGAGAAACCCCCACAUCCCAAGAUUCCAGGGGACAAUUUGGAGCAGAAAUGCAGCCAGCUCUUCUGGGGUGUCCCCUUUCUGCACAGCGAGUCCCUGGUGGCCACUGUCAGGGUGACUGAUACUCAGUUGGAGUUCCUGUCCAUCAUAUUCAAUGAGCUCUCUCAUGCCUUGCUGCUCCAGAUUCAGGCCAUUGUGGCUCCCCACCUCUCACUGACCCAGGACAUACAUGACAAUUCGGCCCCGCCCCAAUCCUUGACUCUGAGCUUGUCCCUGUCCUAGUCCCUGUGUCUGGCUAGGCCCCAGCCCCUGCCCGCACCCCCCUCCCCCAUCAGCCCCAGCCACUCCCUCUGGACCAGGCCCAGCUCUGGCCUCUAGCUCAGUCCCAUCCCAGGCUCGCCUUGCACCCUUUGUCCCUGUGGGACCGCCUUCUCUGCCACUGGAGAUGGGAACUUGUGAGGUGUCUUGCCCUGUAGCCCAGAAGAUACAGUCUUUACAUGUCAACUGCCAUUCAAAACCUGGAAUGUCACUUUCUAAAGAAGCAACUAGAAAGCAGCAAGGUGCCCGCUGUGGUGAAAAAAUCUCAGGAAGUCUUUUUAGCCCAGGUCCUCCAGACCUUCCCCAGGGUGGCCAUGCCCCUAAAGGCCAAGGGUCCAUCUCUGUGCCUCUUGGGGACUUGAUGGAUUCUGCACUCUGGGGGCAACUGGAGUGGCACCUUUGAAAGAGGUUCAUGAAGCAAGAAAGGGGCCCGCCUCACGGGAUCCAGCUAUCCCUGAAGACACAGCCUCAUCACAAGUUCCAGAAGGUGCCUCAGACACACGGCUGGCACAGUCCCACGUCCGAAUCUGAGUCUAUGGAUGGAAGCUGCCAGGCCACACAGAAGACUGGGUCCAAGUAGCCAGGAAGGAUCAUGCCAGGAAAAAGCCUGGGCAAGGAUUCAAGAUCCCGUGCAGGGAGGAUCUGGAAAGAUCUACCUGGGUGCAAUGAUCUCUCCAGGGAAGGCUCCAGGAAUAAAUCCUGAGAAGUCAGACACAGACCUGAAGCCCUCCACAAGCAGCGCAGAUGAGAAUCGCCUAGAGAGGGAUCUGAGAGCUCAUUUCAGGAAGUUGGGGCAGUUCAGAGAGGGUUGGAUCCCGUUGGAUGUUCGUCCUUCCCAGCUCACUGCCCACCACUUCUUUUACCUUCCCGGAAACCUAGAAAGCCAGCACUUUCCAAGGGUUGGGAACCCUGCAUGACCACCUCCCAGGAUUUUUCCAUCCUCAGCCCAUACACUCAGUGGAUGCUAGAAGCACAUAUCAUAAGGCUCAGGGUGAAGCACCAGUGGGGCCUCCCCCUCAAGGUUCUCAAGCCUAUAAACCUCUUCAAGUUGAAGAAGGGCUUCUUCCUCUCCCGGUCCUCCCCUCCCUGCUCAGCCACCUGUGUAUCCAACGCCAACUUUGGGCCUAAGUUCAGGGGAAAUCCUCCUCAGUCCUAUCAAGGAGUGGUGAUGAAGAAUCUUAUUCCACUUGGUGGUCCUCAGCCUACGUGUGAGGAAGUCCAUCAGGCUCUGGCAGGGAACUCACUGGUAGCCCUCCAACUGGACAGGGGGGCAGGCCACCUUCUUGAACUUUCACAUACAGCUUUGUGGGCAGCAUCUGGCACAGUGAGACUGCCUCGAGGACUCUUACGAACAGCACCUUGGCGUCAAGUCCAAGUCCAGGAACAGCUACGAAGGAGCAGGGAGGGUUAAUAGGGGUCGGGUCUCAUGGGACGUGACAGUGCUAGAGCUCAACUUAACGUCCCAGGAUUUGAGUGCCAAAGAGCCUGGGAGGCUGGGAAGAUUGAAGAGACCCCUGCCUGGGGAGUCACCUUAUAACCCUGUGUGCUGACCAACAACCAAGGCCUCCAUGGCGAGCUGAGAUCAGGGUC